AUGGCCGCCACAAGCAAGCUCGCAAACCAAAACAUCCUGCUCAUCGGGGGGACCUCGGGCAUCGGCUUUGCCGUCGCCAAACAAGCCCUGGCAGAAGGCGCAAACAUCGUCAUCAGCUCGUCCUCAGCAGAGCGAGUAUCCAACGCCGUCGCCCGGCUAAGCACCGACAACGCAGCGCGCGCAUCCGCAGUACGCAGCUACGUCGCAGAUCUCUCGAACAGAGACAAGCUCGAGGAGACGAUCGAGAACCUACUCAAAUUCGCAGCGGAGCCCUCACCGAUCGACCACGUCGUCUUCACAGCCGGGGACGUGCCGCCGUUGGUCCCUCUAGCUGAGGCGUCCUUCGACGACUUCGAAGCCUUCCUGACUGUGCGCCUCUUCGGCGCUAUGGCGUUGGGAAAGUAUGCGCCCAAGUAUAUGGCACCAGGAAAAUGCUCGUCUAUUACCUUGACUACGGGUUCGCAGACCAAAAAGCCGCUGUUUUGGAUGCCGCCCGCGGCUGGUGGUGCUGUAGAAGGGUUGAUGAAGGGGUUGGCGGUUACGUUGUCGCCGAUGCGGGUGAAUGUUGUUUCGCCGGGCUUUGUGUUGACUGAAAUACUGGACAAGAUACCCAAGGGGUUGUUUGAUGGGAAGGUUGAGAGCUCCAAGGAGAGGUUGUUGACAAAGGAUGUUGGUAGUCCCGAGGAUACGGCUGAGGCGUAUUUGUAUUUGAUGAAGGAUUACUUUGCGACGGGGUCGAUUGUGGCUACGAAUGGGGGAGAGUGGUUGGUCUGA